AUGCCGAAUAUCCUGGUUCACAACUCGUUCCCCGACAAAGUGCAUCCGCACUCUUUAGCCGCCGAGCAAAAACUACUCAAGACCGGUGUUCAGGUGUACUGUGCAAGUUGGCAUCCAGCCUACGACAUUCGAGCGGUCACGACCGCCGAAGGCGACCAGGACAAUUCGAUCAAGCUGUGUUAUUACGGACUGGUGGAGCAGAACACUGGCGAUGACUGGAACGACACCGACAUGGUGCUGUCGACGUCGACCCCAUCGGUCGGAGGAUGCGCACCACAGCUGGCCACACUCUCCGCGAGCAUUCAUCGUCCUACCAGU